AUGGACCCGAUAUCUGCGAUCGGGUUUGCUUCGGCAAUUGUUCAGAUUCUAGGCGCACUUACUUCGACUAUUCAUGGCCUCCAUGAACUACAUGGGAAAUUCAGCGAUGCUGACUUUACGAUCCAUUCGCUUAUUCAAGAGCUGGGCUGUAUCCAGACAGCACUCACGAGUCUGAAGGAAUGGUAUCGGCUCAGUUCUUCCAAUGUGAUGGUAUCGGAGGAAUUCAAUGAACAGCUCGUUACAGCCAUGAAUGGCUGCCAAAUCAUCAUGGAAGUUCUAUCGGCGGAUGUGAUGACUUUAGUUCAUGGCAGUCGCAAUGGCGGUACAGUUGGGUUUAGAUUGCGCAUUCGAGUCAUUUGGAAGGAAGAUAUUAUGAAAGCACACCAGGAGAAACUACAUGCACAAGUAAUGGCAUUGCAGCUAUUACUCCAAGUCUGCCAGUGUCAUACAUCACAAGAGCAGGUCCGCUUAUUGAGACAGGCAACGACUCUUCGCAUUAUGCGCAGGGUUCGCGACGACACCGAAACAAUACUAUCCACGCGAAGUCAGCCUACAUCUAGCGCGGGAAGCAUCUCGCAGCACAGCAGCUUCACCGCCAGUGACCAAGUUAUCGAUUCCAAUGAUGCCCUUCCAGUCUGGCCAGUAUAUCACAGAUCACCCCAGCAACUCGUACCGUCAAUCGGGGCUCCAAGUAGCCAGACCGACACCAAUUAUAGCCAAAGUCUAUUCACAGAUGAAGGCUAUGCAGACACCCCUACGCGCAAUAGCAGCGUUGCAGGGCCAUCUGAUACUCCUCCACCCCACCAGCAUCAUCUCCUCUUGCCUACUAGCCCAUCGGCGCCGGUACAUCCAGCUCACAGGAGGACAACAUCUUACCAAGAUACACCGCGUCCAGGCUUGCAAAAUAUGCCCCGGAGCAAGUCAGAUAGUAAGACACCGAAGACACUUGAGAGAUCUGCCUCUAAGCUUGAAAGAAUAUCUUCCCUACUUCGCUUGAAUACCUCAAGUCGUCUCAAUCUUACCUCUUCGCCUUCUAAGGGCUCGCCGAAAGUAGGCACUGGCACACCUCUCACAAAAGUGAAGCGUAUACGAGAGAAAAAUCCCCACAUCAGCAUUGACCUGACCGGCCCGGAUGCUGCCUUUAUUCCACAGAUUGUGAAGGCUGCCCAAGCCGGUUCCCGAGGUGAGGUAGCACGGCUUAUUGAAUAUGGCAUUAAUAUUGAAGAGCGACAUAAAGCAUCAGGUCGAAAUGCAUUGCUUGUUGCUGCCCACUGCGGAAAAGAUGACGUUGUUGAGCUUUUGAUUCAACAUCAUGCUCGACUAGAUGUUACCGAUGGUUCUGGCUGGACCGCACUCCAUCUUGCAGCUUCGCGUGGUCAUUGCGGUGUGAUAAGCCUACUGAUCGAGGAGCGCAACAUUAUAGAAGUUCCAAACUAUCAAGGCCGUACGGCAUUGCGAAUUGCUGUUGACCGAAGCCAGCAUGAGGCCCUACAACUGCUGCUUAUGCACAAUGCAAAGGUCAACACUCGUGCUGAGAAUCAAAUGACUACUUUGCACGCUGCAGCAAAGCAGGGUGAUGCGGAAAUUGUACACAUGCUUGUGUCAAACGGCGCUGAUAUCGAGGCUAAGGAUGCCACCAUGAUGUCGGCAUUGCAUUAUGCAUGCGAAGGAGGUCACGUCGAAGCCAUUGCAGUGCUUUUAGCUCACAGGGCUAAUAUAGAAGGUGCCGGCCGUAGUCGAAAGACACCAUUGAUAUGUGCUGCUGAAGCAGGCCGGUCCCAGGCUGUCGAUUUCCUAUUGAAAUCCAAACAAAAAGCUUCUUCGAGUGCUGUAGAUGACACCGGGAUGACUGCCUUGCAUUGGGCUGCCUACAAUGGCCACGAAGAGACAGUGGAAAUUCUCAGUCAGAAGAAAGGAUCUAUGGCGAAGGUUAAUGCAAUGGGACGAACGGCUUUGCACUUGUCCGUUAUCCAGACCAAAUUUGCUGUCGUUGAGCCACUACUACGCAAAGGUGCCGACCUCAACAGCCAAUGUGCAACAGGUCUUAAUCCGCUCCAUUAUGCCUGUAUGGCAGACAGUAUCGAGAUUGCAACGCUGUUACUCUUAGAAGGCGUUGAUAUUGAAGCACCGGAAUAUCAAAACCAGCAAAGACCUUUGCAUAUCGCAGCAGCGCGGAGCUCAAUAGCCCUUAUAGAUCUUCUUUGUGAUAAAGGAGCUUCUUUAGAGGCUCGGGAUAGCGUUGGAGAUCGCCCGCUUAGUGUAGCAUGUCGCUGUGGACAUGUGGCUGCAGUGGAAAAGCUGUUGGAUCGAGGAUCUCCUCUCUACCAGAAGAACCCAGCUACAUCACGCAGCCAUCUACCCGUGGUUUCGCUCCUGCUAGAGCGCGGCGCAUCGGCAUCCAAAAAGGACGAGGGCGGCUGGCAGCCUUUCCGCUAUGCGGCAUAUCAUGGCCAUCAAGAUGUCCUUCAGGUGCUCUUGUCUCGUACGAGUAUACCCGACAUGGAUGUCCCAGAUAUCAUUCGCAUGCCGGAGACAAUUGGGUUCUCGCCCGAUGCCACAAUCUCAGAGGACUGCAAGGCUCGGGUGAAAGAACUUCUCAACCAGGCUUUGGCAGACUCUGGUCUGAUGCCUCCACGUCAUACCCCAAGUAUGCCCCAGAAUGUGAAUCAGGGGACUGAUCCCGCUCAAUAUUCGCAGUCUCGUAAUUCACGAGAUCGCGAAAGCUUUUUCCCUCAAGAGCUACCCGCAACUUUAGAGCACGGUCUUCCUAGCAGUCGUUCAACAACUCCUGAGCGUGGCUAUCUGACUGAACCUCCGCAGUCGAUCGACCCCUUGUGGCAUAUUCGUAUGCGAGCCGGUGAGCAAAUGUCACCGCCAGUGAGUUCGCAAAAUGCUUCCGUUCCCAAUGACUCUCGUGGGGUAUCUCCUAUACGUCAGCCUAAACAGGAUCCUGCUAGGAAAAUUCUUAGUCGGCCUCCAGCCAGAGAAAAACCGCCGGUGUCGGCCACCUUCAUUCCGCGGCAAAUCCCGGUCUUUCCCUCUCAGAUACCCCAAAGACCUUCGGGGGUACCACCUCGCCCGAGGGAUAGAGGCUCUGCCGCUAGAAUCACACAUAAUCAUAGUCAAGAGAGUCGUGUCCCUAGAACAAUUUCUCCUCGACGUGAAAGUGAGUUUCCGACUCCAAGACCCGAAGAGCCAUCUGAGCCAACUGAGCCAUCUGAGCGCACUCAAGAACCCGUCGCUGAUUCCUCAGACUCGGAUUCAGACUCGUCAUCUUCGGUAUACACGGUACCGGAAGAAUAUAUGGACGCUGUUGUUGUUUCAGAGGAUGAACCGCCGCGUGGGCCGUAUAAAAUUGCUGCAUAA